UGGGCCGGUCGCUGAUGACGUAGUUCAUGUGGAUUGUAGGGUAAGAGGACGAGUGAAGUCGAGUCUUCUGUUACUUUCAACACCCAAACUAAGACAAGUAUGUCUUCCAACAGCACGUCCGACCCCAGGAGACCGAACAAGAUCCAAAGGUACAAGCCCCCCAGCACAGACACAAACCCCACACUGGAAGACCCCACUCCUGACUACAUGAACCUGCUGGGGAUGAUCUUCAGCAUGUGUGGGCUGAUGCUCAAGCUCAAGUGGUGUGCGUGGAUUGCUGUUUACUGCUCCUUCAUCAGCUUCGCCAACUCCCGCAGCUCUGAGGACACCAAGCAGAUGAUGAGCAGCUUCAUGCUGUCCAUCUCGGCCGUAGUGAUGUCAUACCUGCAGAACCCCCAGCCCAUGUCCCCACCCUGGUAACGAAGACCAGACAUGGAGAGGCUCCGAAAAAUAACCGAGCCUGGAGCAUCAGGACCCAGUCCAGCUGCGCUGCUGCCCAGACACCUGGGGAGGGAGAGGAGGGGGAGAGCUUCCUGAUAGCUCACUCGUCAGCCCUUCCUGUCACUCCUCAGCCCUCUAGACCUUCUUCAUCUCCUUCACACUCUCUCUCUCCCUUUCUCUCUCUGAUGAUUUUUUAUUUGCAUUGUGAAACAUUGGACAGUAUCUGGAAUAAAACCCACAGAUUUUAAAUAUU